UCUGGGGCAAAAAGGAAAAAAAAAAGAAACAACACUUUGAAACAAGUCUUGCAUAGCUGAAAAAGCUGUCCCCUGUUAAUGAAUUACUGAAGUGUGCAUUUCUAAUGUCCGUAUCUAGAAGAGAAAUUUUGCUAAAAGGUAAUGCAAAAGAGUUAAUAAUCACCAAAAAGAGUUAAUAAUCACUGAUUAAUCUCAUUCUGACCAAAUGAAUUUUGUUUAAAAACUAUAUUAAAAACUAAGAAUAUAAUCUGUAUAAGCGAAGCAAUGUAUCCUAACAGUGGAGUUCAGCACUUUUGAGAAUAACCACAGUUCUUACACUGUCUCCUGUGUUUGCUAGUCAUCUCUGUUGAUUCUGUAUCAGUGGAAUAAUGUUUCUUACUAUACUAGUUUAGGAGAACUUAGACGACUAUGCUUUCAGUGUAUUAUGAUUUAACAGAAAAUUACCAUUGCUUCUGUGUUUUUUGAAGUACUUCAUACUUCUGACACUCAUAAAGCAGUAUUAAAUACUCAAGCCCAGGACUACUUGCUGUAAAAUUCAUUUCUCUGCUUUACAGACAGUUACAUUUGGAUUCCACAAACUUCCCGAGUGGUGUUUUAAUUUAAUAACUGAUUAAAUGGAUUUCUGCUAUAACUGUGCACCAUACACCCUGCAGAUGGCAGCUGAUGACCUAGCAGUGUUUGUGCUUUAGUAGGGGGCAAGUCAAAAGUGCUGGUUAGAAAGAGACACUGCCAUUGCUUGAGUGCAGGUACUGAUGCUUGGAAAGUUAUGGGAUAAAAAUACCAAGAAAGCUCCAAUAGGUUUAGAAAUAGUAGUACUUAGUGUUAAUGGCAUGUCUGCAUGCCCAAAAUCUGCAAGGAUUUAGUCUAUUAAAAGUACUUUUGUUCAUCAUAGCAUAUCUGCUGGUAGCUAAAUUCAUUACCUCACAGAAACCAAGAAAACUUCUACAACACAUAUUCACCUAUUGAAAGAUGACAUUGUUAUUUAAACUGUGCAGAAUUCCCAAAUCUCAUCUUAAGGCCACGGAAUAUAGGGAAAGAUUCACAAGCAGGUCUUCGAUUCUAUUAGGUGUGCAGGCAAAGAUGGCCUGCUGACACCUUUGAAGUGAGAUUCUCCUGCUCUCCAGACGCCCGCACGUACACCUCGCUCUUACCCAUUUCAGUACAACUUCUGAGGGCGCGUGAGGCGAACUUCGCCCCGCAGCUGCUCGUUCUGUUUCGAAACAGCGCCGAGUUCCCCAGACACACUUCCCUCGGAGGGCGAAGAGCCCAACGUUCCCGCGGGCAGCUGCAGGCCGCCUCCCCACAGGCCGCUCCCCCUGCGCGGGGCCGGGGGCUGUGACGGGAUCCGGCCUCGGCCCCGCUCCUCACAGCGCCCAGCCCGCCUCCGCCGCAGGAACAGCGGCAAAACGCUGGAUUUUUUUUAAAGUUCUGCAAGAGUAGUGUUAUUAGUUAAGAUGUCCUGCUUAAUCAGUGGAGUUAAAUAUUGCAGUCCUAUGAAUCAGAUGCACAAAGUAACAGGAGCUCUGUUUAAAGCACGCCUAUUAAGGAACACGUGGGGCAUCAAGGAACAACAAUUAAAAAUCUCACGUGCAUUGUCUCAGCUUAGUUCUGAAAAGGCAAACUCUUAUAAUUAUGUCGUCGUUGGAGCUGGAUCAGCAGGGUGCGUGUUAGCCAACAGGCUGACUGAAGACCCUCACAGUACUGUACUGCUUUUGGAAGCCGGCCCUAAAGACACCCUUUUAGGUAGUAAAAGACUACUGUGGAAGAUUCAUAUGCCUGCUGCAUUAACUUAUAACCUCUGUGAUGAGAAAUAUAACUGGUAUUAUCAUACGACUUCACAAAAGCAUAUGGAUAACAGAAUUAUGUACUGGCCCCGAGGAAGAGUGUGGGGUGGUUCCUCUUCUCUCAAUGCAAUGGUAUAUAUUCGUGGGCAUGCGGAAGAUUAUAAUCGGUGGAGCAGAGAAGGGGCUAUAGGAUGGGACUAUGAUCAUUGCCUGCCCUAUUUUAAGAAGGCACAAACACACGAACUGGGCUCAGAUCAGUAUAGAGGUGGAAAAGGACCUCUGCAUGUGUCGAGAGGGAGAACAAACCAUCCUCUUCAUCAAGCAUUCCUGGAUGCAACCCAGCAAGCUGGGUAUCCCUUCACAGAUGAUAUGAAUGGCUAUCAACAAGAAGGAUUUGGCUGGAUGGACAUGACCGUACACCAAGGUAAAAGAUGGAGCACAGCUAGUGCUUACCUUCAUCCAGCUAUAUCACGCCCAAAUUUGUCAGUUACCGAGAAAACACUUGUAACAAAAAUCUUGUUUCAAGGAACAAAAUGCAUUGGUGUUGAGUAUGUGAAGAAUGGACAGAGUAAAAAGGCUUUCGCCAGUAAAGAAGUUAUUUUAAGUGGAGGUGCCAUAAAUUCUCCACAGCUACUUAUGUUGUCUGGGAUUGGCAAUGCAGAUGAUUUAAAAAAACUGGGGAUCCCUGUUGUAUGCCACCUUCCUGGAGUAGGCCAGAACCUUCAAGAUCAUUUAGAAGUGUAUGUCCAGCACAAGUGCACGAAACCUAUUACUUUAUAUAGUGCACAGAAGCCAGUUAAUAUGGUGAGGAUUGGUCUAGAAUGGCUUUGGAAGUUUACAGGUUUGGGAGCCACUUCCCACUUAGAAUCUGGUGGGUUUAUCCGAAGUCAGCCAGGAGUUCCUCACCCUGACAUUCAGUUCCACUUUCUCCCUUCUCAAGUGAUUGAUCAUGGUCGAGUUGCCUCCACAAUGGAAGCUUACCAGGUCCACGUAGGACCCAUGAGGAGUGGAAGUGUGGGCUGGCUGAAACUGAAGAGUACAGACCCAAAGGACCAUCCUAUCAUUGAGCCUAACUACUUGUCAGCAGAAAGAGAUAUUUGGGAAUUCCGCCAGUGUGUCAAGUUGACCAGAGAGAUCUUUGCUCAGAAAGCUUUUGAAAAAUUCCGUGGGCCUGAAAUUCAACCAGGAAACGAUGUUCAGUCUGACAAAGAAAUAGAUGCCUUCAUAAGACGGAAGACUGAUAGUGCUUAUCAUCCCUCUUGCACUUGUAAAAUGGGUCAGCCUUCAGAUAGCACUGCUGUAGUUGAUCCCCAAACAAAAGUAAUUGGUGUUGAAAAUUUGAGAGUAGUAGAUGCUUCAAUAAUGCCCAGUAUAGUCAGUGGGAAUUUGAAUGCCCCUACUAUUAUGAUAGCAGAGAAAGCUGCAGAUAUAAUUAAGGGGCUCCCGUCACUUCAGGAGAAAAAUGUUCCUGUAUAUAAGCCCAAGACCUUGGAAAGACAACGAUAAACAGUGUUGUCAUCCUUUCACGUUUUUGCCACUUAGUUUUUCAUCUGCGUGUUUGUAUCUCACAUUAGAAGUGCCAACAAAAUAAAUGCCAUGGAAAACAACUUAUCAUAAUAAAGCAGCUAUUCAUUUGGUCCAUUCUGUUAUAUAGGAUUAUCUAAUCUUUUCUUAAAUUAGUUGGCUUAAGCUGUUUAUUUUAGUUAGACAGGAAGAGAUUAAUGUGUGUUAUUUUGAAAGUCUUUAUGAUAUGUCUUAUUAUUUAAAGGAAGAAUUUUUACUGUUUUGAGUAUAUUAUCCAGGAUAACAGCUACUCAGUAAUUCCCACAUUCUGCAAAGUAAAUGUAAGCAUUUAUGUACUUACAGGCAAAAGUAGUAAGUAUCAGAAUUCAUAGGAGAGACACCUACAUGUCCAGAAUUUGUCAGGUGUGUGUUUUUUUAUGAGAAGAACGGAUAAUUUACAAAUCCUUACUAAAAAGUUACACUUUACCAUACUUAGCAGUCUUAACUAUAUAGCAUUUAGGAACAAAGACACACACUACAUUUAUCAAAAACUAUUUUUUUCUAAUAAAUGCAGAACCAGAACUGAUAAUUAUAAAAAUGCAUUAGAAAAUGGGGCAUUCCCCUUGCUUUUUUUUUUUUUGAUUUUUCAAGAAACACAGUAGAAUUCAGUUUGCAAUUUAAGCUCAUUUAGUUGUGCUGCUUUAUCUUGUACCACAGUAAGGGGUCCACACUCCCACUAAUUUCCAUAAAGUUACUGAUCUUUGCUCAAAGAUGAGUGCAUGAAAAAGAUACUCAAUAGUGCUGGACUAUCAGUCAAAAUUCAUUAAAAAUAUUUAUAGCUGAGGUAGCUUUAAAAUGGAAGUUCACUCAAAAUAACUGCAUGAAAUAAGAUCUCAAUUAUAUGAGGGGAGAUCUUUUUGAAUUCAAAGGCAAAUGACUUACUCAGUAAACCAAUGCUAUACUUCAGUUAGGACUUAAAUCUUUUACUCUCUUCAGAUAUGUCAAGCAAAUACAUGGUCUUCAUGGCUGUUUUCUGUGUAUGUCUAACUUACUGGUGAUGAACUGAAAAAUAAACAAACAAAAAUAAUACAACUAAAGAAAUUGAAUUCAUUAGCUGGAAUUGAAUUCAUUCAAUUGUAUGGAUUUGUUAAGUAUUCCAAAAUAACUUUGGACUAAGUAGCUGUUGAAUUAUAAAGCAAAUGCUUCUGUAGCUUCAGGUUGCUCAGUACUUCUCGUGAACAGAAUCAACUUUUUUUUCCAGGAAAAGUGGAAUUUUACACCAUUUGAGCAGACUGAAAAAAAAAAUAAUAAAAAAAGCUGCUGACUCAGAUGUUGGCUAGAGGGACAACUGCAGAUGUUUAGGGCAGAUUUUUCUACCUGGUGCUGCUGCAAAGCAAUGGUUGGAAGCCCUGCUGCUAGCUGAGAGAAAGGCUUUAAUUGAUCAGAGUAUCUGUAUAAAGAAUAAACAAAAAUUCUUAAGAUGGAAGAGCAUAGAAGUGAACGUCACUCCCAAAGGAAGCAGGUAAACCCUUUCUAUGUACGUUCUGUAUCUGCCUGGAAUGUGGGGAACAAAAAGAAUCUUUUAAGUCAGAGGUGAUUGAUUGGCUGUAUUAGUAAGACAAUUCACCUGACACAGCUGUGCCUUUAGGGAGAGCAUGAAUUAUGUAUAGUGUGCCAUUUUUAUAGCAACUAAUAGCUUUUCUUGAGCACCUAUCUAUCUGAGAUAUUCACUUAAAGAGAUUCACUGUAUCUUAGUGUCAUUUACAAUACAAACUAUUAGGGAUGUUCAGAAUAAUAUACAGUGAUGAGACUUACCAGGGUCCUGUGCAGUUGAGAGAAGCAGCGAUUUGGAAAGAUGUAACACUGAAGUUCCUGCAUUUGCAGAUUCACAACAUGGGUUUCCAUUCUAAACAUGUAGCAUGGGAAUUGUUAUUAUGCAACUGCAGAGGAUUAACUAGUCACUGUAUUACAUAACUUAUUACUUGAACACACAGAGCUAUCAUCUACCAUUAUGUCAAGUUCUAAGAGAUUAGGAAAUAGCAAGGUCAGCUAAACAUAAAAUCGCAUGUGUCUUAUCUUCAUGUGUCUUGCUGCAUUUUACAAUCAAGGUACACAUUAUUGCUGCAUUGUGUAAUCAGACAAGCAGGCAUUUGUUCUGAACCAUCAUCAUCUUUUCUCACCAUUCUAAACAUAUAGUCCUUGCAAAUUAUUCCCCUUCUAAACAUUUGAAGAUUUUUUUCAUUGCGGUGAAGCUGUAGUUGCCUUAUUAAUUUAGACUUCACUGCUACAGAACUUCAUGGCUCCUUUAUGCAUUUCCUUUGAUGCAGUCCUAAGGAAAUUCUUCAGGUAUUUGAAAACGUUGUCGCCCUGCGAUAAUCUUUAGGUAGCAUCAAGCAGCCAUUAGAUUCUCCCGCACUGUAUCUGUCUGCUGGGAUUGAAUUUCUGUUAAAAUUGUUCUUACUCUUAGCAGAGUUCAGUCUGCUAAGAGAUACUUAGAACAGAUACAUAAUGUUCUAACUGCUUUGUGGAGCAGGGGGAGCCUGCAAGUUAAACAUUAGCCAUCUAUACACCUUGCUGAAUGAUGCAGAUCGCAGGCUGGUGGUCCCAGAAUUUUACUUACUUAACAAAAUCAUAUGGAGAAUAAACAAAUAUUAUUUCCAUUUCUAUUCAGAUAUUAUUUUUUCUAUAAAUAACCAGAUGACAGAGUUCACUGUAAAAGCUGUUUGAUGUAAGAAUUUGCAAGUUACUAGACCUGCCAGCCUGGCUUGACCCAGCAAUGGUACUGAGUGACAGCACCAGCACUUCCACGGUAACAGCUUGCUGCCGGUGCUUCGGAGACAGCUGGAUGUGUCUGGCUGGGGACAAUAAGAUUAAGAAAGAAAAGUGACCAAACUCAUUUCUUUUUGUACAUGGAUCUCAGUUCAAAUUGCUUUAGUAUGAGAAGUGCUAUUAAAAGCGGCAGAAAAUAGCAGUAUUUAUAAAGCUGUAUUUUGUUUAAUUUAAGGACACUCAAGAUUUUGUACACCAGAACUUCUGGUGUUUCUCCAGCUUAAAUUACUUUCCAAGUGUAUGACUUCAAUUACUUACAACUAAGGCAGCUAUAUAAACACUGGGGAAGUAAAUAGUGGGCUUCCAAUAGAUAUUUUCUGUGAAAGAAACAUAUUAUUUAUACAUCUUAUUAAAAUAAUAGUUAUGUAAUGUGGAUUUUUGGGAGAAAAAAACAUUUAUGCAUCUUACUAAUAGCUAAAAAGUUACUGCAGAGACAACACAAGCAUCUUAUUACAGUAUUCUAUCUUUUAGUCUGUAUUGUUCUGUCAUCCAACCUCCAAAGAAAGGACAAUGUUCAAAUAUGAAUAUACUUGGUACAAUUUUUAAGUGAAUAUAGUUCACUUAGCUGUACUUAACUCCUUGCUAAUGGGCAACUAUGAUGCUUUCUGCCAUUAUACUGGUAUGUAAACAGAUCUGGGAAAUCAUGAUAAAUGCAUUAAUUGUUGAGAUCACUUUCAUUUGCAGCAUUCUAAGGCUGCCAGUUACCAUAUAAUUGUGCAUAUAUAUGGCUUACUCUUUUUUCUUUACACUUCUGUGGUAAAAUGGAAUGGGUAUUCUAUCUAUAGUUACACCAUUAACUAUAUAGAACAUGGCUUGUAGCUGAAUUUCCUCCAUCAUUUAUGUUUGUAAGGACUGUUUUCUCAUAAAAUAGUAUAUCUGCCCUCAAGAGUGCCUUUCCCACUGUUAUUUCUGUGAAAUAAAAUCUGAAAGCUUUAUUUUGGUAUCCUAAACUUUGCUUCUGUAAGCUGAGAUGGGUGACAAAAUGACUGAAGUGGGUAACCCACACAAGUGACAAAUAAGCACAACAGAUUUAGUCCUCACAUUUUAAGGGAUUUUAGUCAGAUUUGCCUGAUUGCUUCCAUAGAUGUACACCUCUGGGAGCAUGAAUCCCCUAGAGUGUCCUCAGGAAUACAGCCCUUUUUCAAACAGAUGCUCUAAUCACUUUUCUCCUUCCUGGUUAACAGCAAUUAUUCAUAAAGAACUUGUGCACUAUAAUACUGUAGAUUGGUUAUCAAAUUCCAUGUGUUCCUGCCCAUUCUCCAAAUGGUGCAAACAGAAUUUAACCUUUGGAGCUUCCUGCUGAAAAACUGUUAGUAAAAGGAGUCCCAAGUAUAAUAAAAUUAUUACACAGUUUUAUUUUGAAGAACA